GAGCGGCGCUGAGGCAGCGGGUCGGGUCGGGUCGGGUCGGGCCGGUCGGGCCGGGCGCUGCGAUGGAGGCGGCGGCGGCUGCGCUGCGGGGCUCCCGCCGGGCGGACGCGAGGAGGCGCGGGAGGAGGCGCAGGCGGCAGCAGCCCCAGCCCCAGCCCUGACCCCCGCGCCAGGUCUCAAUUAUCUUAGAUUUAAGAUUUCCAUGGCAUGAAAAUCUGCAGAUCAUCUGGAGGAACAGAGCUGGUUGUUUUUUUACAGUGACUGUUCUUUCAAAAUGGUUGGAAAACUCAAACAGAACUUGUUACUGGCGUGUCUGGUGAUCAGCUCGGUAACAGUGUUCUACCUGGGGCAACAUGCUAUGGAAUGCCACCACAGAAUAGAAGAACGCAGCCAGCCCGUAAGGAUGGAAAGCGUGAGAACCACUAUGAGAACUGGUUCUGAUUUAAAUACAAAUAAAACCUUUGCUUACAACAAAGACAUGCCUUUAAUAUUUAUUGGAGGGGUGCCUCGAAGUGGCACGACGUUGAUGCGUGCCAUGCUAGAUGCUCACCCGGAUAUCCGCUGUGGGGAAGAGACCAGGGUAAUCCCACGAAUUCUGGCGGUUAAGCAGAUGUGGGCUAGAUCAAGUAAAGAGAAAAUCCGACUGGAUGAAGCUGGAGUCACAGAUGAAGUUCUGGACUCGGCUAUGCAAGCCUUUUUAUUGGAAAUCAUCGUGAAACAUGGGGAACCUGCACCCUAUCUGUGUAACAAGGAUCCUUUUGCUCUAAAGUCCUUAACUUAUCUUGCCAGAAUUUUCCCCAAUGCUAAGUUUCUUCUAAUGGUACGGGAUGGUCGUGCAUCGGUGCAUUCUAUGAUAUCUAGAAAAGUCACUAUAGCUGGGUUUGACCUCAACAGCUACAGGGACUGCUUAACUAAGUGGAAUCGUGCUAUAGAGACGAUGUAUAACCAGUGCAUGGAGGUUGGUUUUGAAAGAUGCAUGCUGGUACAUUAUGAGCAACUUGUAUUACAUCCUGAAAGAUGGAUGAGAACUCUCUUAAAGUUUCUCCACAUCCCAUGGAACCAAGCAGUGCUGCAUCAUGAGGAAAUGAUUGGGAAAGCAGGUGGCGUGUCUCUCUCUAAGGUUGAAAGAUCUACAGAUCAAGUAAUCAAGCCAGUCAAUGUGGAAGCUUUGUCAAAAUGGGUUGGGAAAAUACCCGCAGAUGUUCUACAAGAUAUGCCAGUGAUUGCACCUAUGUUAGCAAAACUUGGCUACGAUCCAUAUGCCAAUCCACCAAACUAUGGAAAGCCAGAUCAAAAAGUUCUCGAAAACACUAGAAGGGUCUAUAAAGGUGAAUUUCAGCUUCCUGAUUUUCUUAAGGAAGUGCCACAGCCAAAGAAGACAAUAGAAAGGAAAUCCCGUGGCAAGAUAAAAUGAACAUGGAUCAGUAAUGUAGAAUAGCUACGGUGUCUGUUUCAUGUUUUCAGAGCAUAAAACCUUGCUGCAGGCAUUCUGAUUCUUUCUGAUAAACCUUCUUUGUGUGUGAUCUCUAACAUGGGCUUUGCUCUGUUACUGGAUGUUUGCCUGUUCUUGGCCUUUGAGCAGUUAGUACUCAUGCUUUGCAAGUUGUGCUCAGCUAAUAUAAAACCAUUAAGAACCUGACACCAUGCAGCUGGAUGUGCUCUUGCUCACAGUAUUGUUCAGCUCAGCUGCUGGCCAAAGUGUGUGUGUUUGCAGCUUUAUCAAAGGCAAAACCAGUUUUAAAUGUGUAGCUCUUACCAGUUUUAAUUAAACAAACUGAAUUGAAGCGAAAGUGUGCAGUAACUGUUUCAUGGCACUGACUAGUGGGGGAAAAUAUUUUAAGAUGGGGUACAGCAUUGCAUCUAAAAUUGCAAAAUGCAUGGUAUAAGAAAAGGAAAGAAGAAGGCAUGAGACUAUAGCACUAUUCAGAUAUUUAAGAAUAUACAAGCAAAUAAGUCGGUUUGUUUAAAUACAUACGUAGAGCAAACAGAUGCGAUGCUUAACAGGAAGAUGACAAUUAAUGCUAAUAAAGUAAUACUGUAGGCAGUUAGGAAACCUGAAUGGCAUAAUUAAGAGCUUAGUAGUAGGUCAGCAAGACCUAACAUGCAGCAAACAUUUAUUGUGUUCCCAGUGAGAUAGGCAGGAUUGCAAAUGGAAUUAAAAAAAAAAUGUUAGUGCCUGAAUUAAUACAGAUUAAUUAAAUCUAUUUAGUUAUUACAUGUAGAAGUAGUAAAUAAGAAGCAGAAUCUAAACUGAAGUCAUGAACUUCAGAGGGAUGAUAGAGUUAACAUGCCUCAAGGGUUAUAUGUUAAAUUUAAAUAUAGUCCCUCACUGGAGAGAUCGAUAUCUGUAGCUGGAUUAAAAAUUGCUUCUCUUCAGUUAGUUUUAUUUUUAACAAUUUACUCAUGACUGAAUUAACAUAAUAAACAUAAUAAAAAGAACCAAACAGCUAAUAGGCUAUUGCGCAGACAUGAGUGGUGUUAAAAAUACCUUUCCUUUAAUCUUGGUGGACUAUAACUAAUUUUGGUUUUAUUGGCUUAUUUGCUU